GAUAAUAAUAAUAAUAAUGCCGAUGGUCAAAGAUGUUCAACAAUGGUGGUGAAUCCAACGGUCACAUCGAUACAAUCGAUAUUACCGGUACCACCAUAUUCAUCUCCUACUAAUAGCACAAAAAUAUCAAUAACCGAAAUGAUGCCUUCAGUCACCUUAUCACCAAAUUCUAUUAUUUCAUCUUCCUCAUCAUCAUCAUCAUCAUCAUCAUCAUCAUCAUCAUCGUCUUCAUCAUCACCACCAAUGAUUAAUUCCAUAAAGAAUGGAAAUCAACAAUAUUCAAACGCAAACAAAACAAUGUCAGUAGCCAACGGUGGUGUUGGUGGUAGUAGUAGUAGUAGUGGUCAACAAAGAUCACAUUUAAAAGAUCAGAUGCCAAUAUUACAUCAACAAUUAUCGAAUAAAUUUGUUACUACAACAAACAAAACAAUUAUAUCACAUCAACAGAUUAAUAAUAACAAUAAUCAAGUCCAAUUAUAA